AUGGCGUCGUGGCUCAGCACGUCGCUCCAGCGCGCGGGCGAGCUCCUCGAGUCGGUCGACCAGAAGGCCGCUGGGAAGCUCAAGCCGAUCGCAGAGGAUCGGCUGCGCAAAUCUCGCCACGACGAAGCAGGUGCAGACGAGACGCGCAUGAACGAGGCCGAUGCGCGGAGUGAGAGUGGCUUUGGCCCACGGGCCUUGUCGCAUGCGAGCUUGGCGCCGGCAAGCGCGUUGGGCGAGGUCCCCGAGUCCGACUCGUACUCGGAGUGGAGCGAAGUGGAGAACGAGAGCAACAGCGGUCUUAUCAUGGAAGACAUGCCGCUGUCGUCGUCGUCGUCGCGGUCGCUGGCGCCGCUGCACUCGCCGCCAAGCCGGGGCCCCGACCUCCCGCUCUCCAAGAACGAAACCACACGGCUACGCAAAGAAAACGCAAAGCUCAAGGCCGACUUGGUCGCGGUCGAGCGCCACUUGGCGACGAGCCACGAGCGGUACCGCGUGUGCGAAGACGAACUCGACGCGCUCGACAAGGAGUGCACGGCCAAGAUCACCUCGCUCGAGACCGAGAUUGCAACGCUCAAGCAAGAAAAGGCCAGUGACGAAGAAGGCUUUACGACCGCACUGGCCAUGAAAGACGGUCACAUUCAAGCCAUCCAGGCCGAUCUCGACAGAGCCAAAACGGCGCACGCAGCACAACAAGCCGACCUCGACGCGGUGCGUCACGCCCUCGCCGAGAUCCGAAACAACAAGGACCAGGCGUGGACCCAAGCGGCGAGCGGCGAGGCCCGCGUCCACGAACAGCUGCUCUCGGCGCAGGUCGAGCUCAAAGAGGCGCAAACGCUCAUCGCAUCGCUCAAGAAGGACCACGCCGACGCCAAGCAGUCGAUGUACGCGCGGCAGUGCCAGCUCGAAGCCACGAACGCGCAGCUGACGCAAGACGUCGCCGCACUCGAGCGUCAACUCGGCGACAAGUCGACCACCGUGGCGACGCUGCACCCUGCGCCGGUGCACGCGGAAUUGCAGCAGACAGCACACGCGUUGGCCGCGGCCAAGAAGGCGCUUUACGAAGAAACGCGGAAGGCGCAGUUGCACGAGCAGGAAGUGGCGACCUUCCGCCGCGAGCUCACGCUGCUGCAAGGCACGCUGCUCGAGAAGGACCGCCAGCACACCGAGGCGCUUCAGACAGCGCUAAAGCAAGCGACGAAGCCGUCGCCUGUCGUCGCUGUCGAGCCCCGACGCUCGUCGUCGAUCGCCGACGACGACGUCGCACACAAGAGCCAGCUCCAAGCCAUGACGCACCGCCUCUUGGAGAAGCAAGAACAGCUUGACGGCCUUCGCGGUCGCUACGCGUCGCUCGAGAUGCGCUUCAAUGAGCUCCGGGCGCACAAAGAGACGUCGCUGGAUCUCGAGGCGGGCCGCAAGCGCGGGUUGCCCGUGUACCAGAACACACAUCGACCACAGCACAAUCGUGUCUUGAAUGCAGUUGGCGCCGUGGACAAGCAGUUGUUUCUCUUCGGACGCUUCCUUCGAGCGUAUCCCGCAGCCCGCGUGGCGUGUGUGUGCUACUUGGUGCUGCUACACCUCUGGGCCUUUGUGAUUUUGAGCUUCCACACAAGUCAUUUGAACGACGAGAUGCUGCACCAAAAAGCGACGCCGUCCAAGUAGGACACGAUAUGUACAAGACCUUAACUACUUAGCGUUGCUAUACA